GGUAGGAGGCAGGAACAGGGUCCAGAUGGAACCAUGAUCCAUGGAAACCUGUGAGACGAGAAAGCACCAAAAACUCUGGGAAAGAAGCUGAAUUAGUGAUGUGCAUUAAUGAAACGUGGGUUAUUGUAGAAGGUGAGAGUGAGAGAGGAGCUCGGUGUGUCCUAAGAAGUCAGUCUAACCCUAUAGCAGCUUAAGGGCCGGUCCGGGCUAACCUGAGCCAGUGGUAUCAAAGAGGAACGUUUUAAGCUUUAUUUUAAAAGAGCUGACCUAAUCUGCCCCCGGACAAAAAAUGGAAGCUGGCUCCACAAAAGAGGAGCUUGAUAACUGAAGCCUGUGAAGUUCAUCGACACUGAUGAAAUAUGCCGUUUCCUCCUCCACUCCGCCAGGGGGCGCUGUGCGCAUGCGCGGACCCGCUGUGGACCAAUCAUUGUUGCCCAGCAGUUUGAACGAUAAGCGGGUGCAGCGGAUUUUGAUUCCUGCGUAAUAACAAUGAAGAAAAUACUAAAAAGGCAAUAAAAUAACGGAAUUAAUCAUGGGAACAGGUCAGACAGCUAACACUCGCGUUGGUCCGAUCAGUGUUGUUUAGCGCAUUCGGCUAGUUAGCUUGGUCACGUUAGCUAAACGCCCCUUGAAGGCGCAUUCAAAUCCAUCUGGACUGUUAGCGCAGCUUCAUGUGCGGUUUAAGCCAUGAAGCGCUUACAGCCGUUGUUUCUGAAGACCUACGGUAAGAAGGCUCGACAGGAGUCCGCCUGGAUCCUGCCGGAGAACCGCAAGGCCGCCUUCGACAGCUCGCGCUCAACGGACGGUGACAGCUCGGUGCUCGAGGCCCAAAGAGAGAGGACCACCAGAGCCGCCGGGCCUGAGAGGACGCGGCCUGCCACGAGGAAGGCCACGCGACGUCUGUCCGAGAGGAGCUGCGACGAGGAGAACGCGCCCCCUCCUCGCCGCUCCACCAGGGUGAAGAAAACAAGCGUGGCCAGUGGGCGAGCGGCGCGUCCCGCCAAGCUAAAAGCCCUUUCAUGUCUGCGAGACGACGACAGUGACGAGGGGGACAUCGGCAGGUCCUCUCCUCCCCGCCCUCGAAGCAGGACAGCCAGUUUUUCCCCCUCUAGUGGGCACCUUCCUUCCACGGGCCGCUUCGUAACCCGCCGCAGACGGGCCACCACUGCCAAGCCCCAACCCCCGAAAUCAUUGUUCACCACGCUGAACUCUUCAGAUGAGUUUACAACCGCCGGCCCCAGGAGAACCCUCCGGCCCACCCGGAGGAUGGCCCCCCCGUCCCGCUUGGCAUUGAGCUCGGAGAGUGCAGCCGGCUCUGGCACCGACCCCUUAGCGGAGAUUUCCCUGAAUGAGUUGGCCGACCGAAGCCUCGGACCCCGCCCCAGGAAGCCCACCUUUUGCUCCACCCCCUCGGCAGGCUCCUUCAGCAGACGGCCACGCCUUAAACCCCCGUCCUACAACGACCAGUCCCUGAGCCCGCUGCCCAUGGCCGUGAGCUGCAUCGGCGUCUCGAGCACAUUCCACGAGGACGCCAAUUUUCCCGGGCGGCUUUCCGCGCUGCCCGUCACCCCUCGCUCCGAGGAGAAGAUGCCGCCGAGCCUCGGCGAGCGCCAGCCGGACCUGCGUGGCAGCGAGGGAUCCUCCGCUGAUCUGUUCGGCAGCCCGAAAGAGAGCGGCCGCUGCAGCGAGGGAGACGCAACAGCCGGGAAUGGCGCGGGGUCCGUGAGCCUGGAUCCCUCGGCCGACGGCAGCGAUGGCGGCAGCCGCUUUGUAUCGGCGGCGGGGGGCUUGGAGUGGUUCAUAGAGGCCGUUAAGGAGCAGUGUCUGACCGAGCGCUGCACGGUGCAGCUGCAGCGGUUGGACGGCCGCGCGGCGUCGCUGCUCUGCGGCCGGACCGCCUACUCCUCCUGCCUGGGGCUCGCCGGCUCGGCCGGCAGCAUCGGGCAGCCGUCCGUGAGCCGCCUCAGUAGUUAUCCGAGUUAUCUGACAUCAGAGUCAUCUAAAGACGGUCAGAGCGCCAGCGCCUCGCCUGCAGCCGCACAGCCGAGCACACAGGAGGACCCGGAGCAGUCGGCGUCGCUUCUUUAUGUUGGAUCCACCCACCGCGGCGACUGCGGUGGGGAGUUUGCGGUGGGCGCCGCGCCGGCACCCGCUGCUGGACCGGUGAAGGGCGAGCGCCUCUCUGAGCAACGCAAAGCGCAGCUACGAAACACGCGUUUGUCCCGCGCAAACGGGUCCAAAAACUCAGACGACGUCAUGCUUUUGGGAGAAGUCCCCGAGAGGAGGAGGACCAGAAGCCCGGGGCCGACGCCGACGCCGUCCAGCCCCCCGAGGACGGAGGGCGAGGCGGCGGCGCUCGCCAUGGCGCUGAAGGAGAAAUGUCUGACCGCCAAAGUCCUUGUUGAGGUGACGAGAUUAAGUCUGUCGCGGCUGGACGAUAUUGAGCCGCUCGAACGGCCCGAGAGCCGCUGCGCAGAGACGCCCGUCGGCGCGGAGAAGAGACCCCCAACGAGCUCCGGGGACGAGAUCAGAGGCGGAGGAGCAGCGCGGGGGUCCAGAGACAUUCCCAAGAGAGGGGAAAAAAAGACCCGCCCGCCUGCUAAAGAAAAGAAGACGAGAACGACCACGUCUGCGGACCGUCCCGGGACGACCCGGAAGGCGUGUGUGAGCGGCCUGAGCGUCAGCCGCUGGAAGAACAACGCCAGCAUAAACGCCACCGGCAGCAGGGCGGCAGACUGCAGCCUCAACCACCUGGUCUCCACCCACGGACCGCCCCCGGAGCUGCUGGGGGGCGCCGUGGGGUUCUCCACCCCCCUGAAGGCCAGCCGCCUCAACCUGUCGUCCCUGCUGGCCGACCUGACGCCCCACACGCACACCUGGAGUCGCCUGAAGGCCGCCCUGUCGGUCCACCGCAGGAACAAGGUGCUGCUCACUCCGAGCAGCUCACGGCCGGCUGCGAUGGGCGAGCUGGCCGACGUCAGCGGCGACCUCUUCGCUACACCCUUUCGAACGCCGUUCCGCAAGCGCCUGCAGCCAGCGCUGCUGGGCAGCAAUUCCCCAGCUGCGUGUGAGGACGCCGACCUGUCGGAUGCAGAGAAGGUGUGUGCAGAGUGCGGGCAGCCCCGCCCACUGCCGUGGGAGCAGUGCAUAGCCCCUCACCGCAUGCAGCAGUGUGUGAAGAUAGGGGAGGGGACGUUUGGGGAGGUCUUCUCUACCACCAACGCUUCAGGAGACAUGGUGGCGCUCAAGAUCAUUCCACUAGAGGGCAGCGAGAAGGUGAACGGGGAGGACCAGAAGACUUUUGGAGAGAUUCUCCACGAGAUAAUUAUCUCAAAGGAGCUGAGCAGUCUGAAAGAGAAGCAGCAGAACAAGACUCACGGAUUCAUCGGACUCAACGACCUCCACUGCGUUCAGGGCUGCUACCCUCCACACUUCCUGAGUGCUUGGGACGCCUUCGACCAGCAGAAAGGCUCAGAGAACGACCGACCAGAUUUUUUUGAAAAGCAUCAGUUAUUCAUAAUCCUGGAGUUUGAGUUCGGAGGCGUCGACCUGGAGAACAGCAAUGGGACGCUGACGUCUUUGCUGGUGGCCAAGAGCAUCCUUCAUCAGGUCACUGCUGCCUUGGCCGUUGCUGAGGAGGAGCUCCACUUUGAGCACAGGGACCUCCACUGGGGCAACGUGCUGGUCAAACCCACCAAGCAGAAGACGGGGAGCUUCUUCCUGAAGGGAGCGGCCCACUCUCUGGAGACCAAGGGGGUGCUGGUCCGCAUCAUCGACUACUCUCUCUCCAGGCUGGAAAUCGAUGACCUGACGGUGUCCUGUGACAUCUCCAAUGACGAGGAGCUCUUCAUGGGCCAGGGGGACUACCAGUUUGACAUCUACAGACAGAUGAGACGGGAGAAUGGAAAUAACUGGAGUGACUACCACCCCCACACCAACGUGCUGUGGCUGCGCUACCUGUGCUCCAAGCUGCUCUCCAUGAAGUACCGGGGCUUGGGAGGGAGGGGCUACAAGGGCUUGCGAGAGGAGCUCACCCGUUUCCAUGACGACGUCCUCCAGUACCGCUCUGCCACCGACGCGCUGCGGACCUGCCCCAUGUUUCAGUAGCAUUUCAGUGUGAGGAUUCUCACACCUACUGUUUUUAAGAUGCGGAGACACAAGGAGGUGUGCGCUUCAUCUUUAGUGUGCAGUCUGCUUGGUGUCUGACAUAUGAAGACGGGUUUAUUCAUCUCCUUUUAUGUGUCAACUGCCCUUUGUCACGUUUAUUAAAAUAACCAUUUAAUACGACGUAUAAAUGUCUUACACUUUUUAUUUGAAGUUUCUUUGAUGCCUGAUGCAUUAGCUGCUGCUUUCACAAAUACUGUAUAAAGAAAACAAACAUUCCUACUUGAUACAUUUUUUUUCAAUCUAAAAGUGGUAUUGUGAUCCAGAUGUUCCCAUUAUAUUUUAUCACCAAAGGUAUUUGUUAGAAACUCACUUUCUCUCUAUAGACUUGUUAAACUAACAGUUAUCAACAUUUUAAGCUAUUUAAUAGACUAAAGUGCACUGAAAAUAUUCAUUUUCUAGUCAACACUGCUGGAGGGUUUUCCAGACCGAUUUGUAGUGCAGCAGUAUUUAGUUGUGUGAAAUCAAAUGUGAAAAGUAGGUUGUGCAAAUGUUUGAACCCUGAUCAUUUGAAUACCUGCAGCUACUCAAUGCUGAUUAACUGCAACACAGAAUUAGUCUGAUUAGCUUGUGAAGCCUUGAAUUCCAUAGAAAGGUGCAUCUGAUCAUCAGAAAAGGUAUUAAGGGCGGGCUUUGAUCCUCUGAACAGUGGCGGCAUGGAAGCAUCAUAACGGCUAUCAAAUGAUCUGAGAGCAAACGGCGGUCACCAGUGUGUCCUCGGCUAUGAGCAGCGCUAAGAGAUGGAAGGCUGCAGGCGCAGUUCUUGUGAAGGCACAGGUGGCAGCAAGAAGAAUAACAGAGCGGUAAAAGAAUGGUGAGAGUGGUCUGGGACGACCCUCAGACCCCCUCCAAAGACCUGCGAGGUCAUCUGGCUGCAGAUGGCGUCGCCGUGCACGGCUGCGCGGGAGAAGCCUUUUCUGCACGCACGCCACAGACCGGCUGGCCUGAGGUUCGCCGCACUGCAUGUGGAGUUUCUUCUUUUUUUUUUGCCUCCUACGCAUGGAGGCAAAAGAAAGAAGCAUUCCUAGAAAAACACCUGCGGCCCACAGGGACAUUUGAUGGGUGGGGGGGUCCAUCGUGCUGGGGGGGCUGUGUGGUUAGUGCAGGAACUGGGAAUCCAAUUAAAGUUGAGGGUCGCGUGGAUUCAACAACAACAAUAACGUUCAGGAAUCUGUAACAGUUUAUGCAGAGGAACAAGUAUACGAUGUUCUGGAACGGCCGUCCCGGUUCCCACACUUGACUUUAAGGCAGCCAUCAAACACGCUGAACGGAAGAACGGUCCAGAAUACCUUCAUCCAGAAUCCAGACACUCGUCAGAGGCCACAGGAAGCCGCUGCAGGCUGUUGUUUUUGCAAAAGGAGACUCUAGUAAAUAUUAAUGUGAUUUUUCUGUUGGGAGGCCCAAAUUUAUGCACCUGUCUAACUCUGUUAUGAUGCCCGUGGCAUAUUUUCUGUUUAUCAAAUAAACCUUAUUUCACUGGUAAAAUA